UUGUUGUUUAUAAAGGGGCCACUCUGGAUAUGGUCAUGGGCCGCACGCGAUCCGUGGAUCGACAGCUUCCCAUCCCGAGACGAUAUUGUGCCAGGCUUCAUAUGGUAGCACUUGAAAUGCAUUUUUUUUUUCACAUUUGUGCACAUUGAACAAAAUCCAUUUAUUUAAAGGGAGCAUAUCGUGUCUUUCAGGAAUCCUGCUGUGUUUCCCAGAAACAGGAUCAGAGUGCAAGUAAAUCUCGCAGUAAAUGUGUAACUUCCAACUGUGAUGAUGUCAUUUCAACUUUCUAUUCACGGUACUUUAAUGUCUCAUGUUCUCAUGCAUUAGCCAAUCAAAACGGAAUGGGUUGGUUCAUACAGAGGACGGCCCAACUUUCAGUUUCGAAAUGUCUCAUCAGUCCAACACGUGAGAUGUAGGACCCAUUUAACUGCGCGCGCAUGUACAGUGAUGCUGAUAAGGCAGGUACGUCACCUCCGUUAACCCCUCCUAUUUUCACUCCCUUCUGAUAUUAGGGUUUGUUUCUUUCAAGUCAUGUGCACUCCAGCUAUAAAUACACUUGCAUGCCUUCUCUUUCAUUAAAGCUGGCAAAUGUGUCUUCCUCUUCAAACUUCUUCAGCCAGAUGACAACAAUUCGAUGAUGGAUCUUGAGGCAGCUAACGUUGAGCCAAAGAUGUCGCAAAGAUGUGGUUUCCGGUGCCUCGGUCCUCUGACGUUCCAUCGGGCCGUAGGAGAAGCGGUCAACCUGAGUCAGGGAUGUUGCCAUGCAAAGAGGUCCAACGCCACCUACAGAAACGGCCUUUUGUUCAGCAAUCGGCCCGUGAGGGUCCAGGAACGGGUUCAGCUGCGGGUCGAGGACGAUUCUGCCUGCUGGCACGGAGCUAUGCGGGUGGGCUUCACCAGCGUUUCUCCAGAAUCCCGAUCUCUGCCCCUGCCCAGCAUGGCCAUCUCUGAAAUCCCCAGCCACUGGGAAAUCCCCAGCCACUGGGCCGCCCCCGUGCAUGAGGAGUUCUGCAAGGCGGGAUCACAGCUGGAGUUUUGGGUGUCCAGCACAGGCAGCUUGUAUGUUUCCAACCAGAAGGGCUACAAUCAUAAGCUCUUGGGAGGAGUGCCGCUCAAGCAGCCUCUAUGGGCCAUGGUUGACCUUUAUGGGCAGACAUGCUCCAUUCUUCUCUUGGGCUCGAAGAUGGGCACGCGGUUUUUCACCCGGAGGUCAUGUCAGAGUCUCCUCUCGCCCGUUUCUGACACAGCCUCCUUGACAUCUGAUGAUUCUUCCCAACUCAACCUGCUGCUGGAAUCAGAUGGAGAAGAAACGAGAUGUGUGGUGUGCAUGGCUCAGGAAGCCGACAUCAAUCUGCCUUGCGGCCACCGCUGUAUGUGUCGCCCGUGCGCUAUCGGGGUCUUGAAACAUUCCGGGAGUUGCCCCCUGUGCAGGCAGAGAAUGAAGUCAUCACCGGAGACUUGAGAGGUUGCUGCUGACAGACGACGACAAUCUGUCAGGGCACCUUCUUCUUCUGUAAAUCUGAAUCUUGUAGCACUUGUAAUUUGAUGUUGUACUUCUUGAAGGUGAACAAAAUACACUUUUAUUUUGAUUCAUAAUACAAUGUAUAGGUUAUCCGUCGUCUUGCUUGCUUGGAUUUUGGUUUUAUACGGAAGGCGGAGUUUUGUUUGGAGGGCUCAUUCUUGUUUACGCAAUCGUUUUUACAUGAACUAUCUAAUAAAAAUCCAUGUAUUAUGUGAAACACCAAAUAAAGCUGCAACUGAAGACCUUCAUCGGGAUAUUUAUCAUUGUGACAUGAACAGUGAGUAACAGUACAGCGGAACCUUCAUGUUGUUGAACAACAGUAUCUGUUCAGGGACACCCUUGGGAGUCAAGUUUAGGCAGAUUGCAAAAGCAGUUAUUACCCCAUAAAAAAAAAAAAACAACGACCAGAAAUUGGGUUCAUCUUUUCAUCGAGCUAAAGGGCAAUUUGCGUAAGAUUAUAGGUCAGUGGUUCUUAACCUUGUUUGAGGUACCGAACCUAAUCUGUUCAUAUGUACAUUCACUGAACCCUUCAUUAGCGAAAAAUAAUAAUUAUAUUUUGGGGGGGCAAAUUGAAGACAUUAAAAAACGGAUUUCUUA